UAUUUCCGUGCUCCCAGGCUCCUUUGCGCGUGACGCAGGCGGCCGGGGGUGAAGUCACUUCUGGAGCUCCGCUUCGCCGUCCCGCCGUCCGCACCGGUCUGCCCAGCUGCCGUGUGGCUGCGCGACCGCGCAGGAUGACGGCCCCCGAGCAGCUGCUGCCGCUCCCCAGGGGCGGCCCGAGCUCCACUUCGCUCUCUCCGCCCCGGGGGGACCGAACCCUGCUGAUCCGGCAUCUGCCGGCCGAGCUGAGCGCCGAGGAGAAGGAGGACUUGCUGAAGUACUUCGGGGCGCAGGCCGUGCGCGUGCUGUCGGACAAGGGGCGCCUGAAACAUACAGCUUUUGCCACUUUCCCCAGUGAAAAAGCAGCGAUAAAGGCAUUGACAAGACUCCAUCAGCUGAAACUUUUAGGUCAUACUUUAGUUGUUGAAUUUGCAAAAGAGCAAGAUCGAAUUCAUUCCCCAACUCCCACUUCAGGCACUGAAAAAAAGAAAAGGUCUGAUGACACUGUGGAAGAUGAUAAAGAAAAAAAAGAAUUUGGUUGUUUAACAGUAGAAAAUGGAAUCGCACCAAACCAUGGGCUGACGUUUCCUCUCAAUUCAUGCCUCAAGUAUAUGUACCCACCACCUUCGAGCACAAUCCUAGCAAACAUAGUAAACGCUUUGGCAAGUGUGCCUAAGUUCUAUGUACAGGUACUUCAUCUUAUGAAUAAAAUGAAUUUGCCCACACCUUUUGGACCGAUUACUGCACCACCUCCCCUGUAUGAAGACUAUAUGCCACUGCAUGCGCCUCUUCCUCCUGCGUCUCCUCAGCCACCUGAGGAGCCUCCUUUGCCAGAUGAAGAUGAGUUGUCUAGUAAAGAGUCAGAGUAUGAAAGCAGUGAUGAGGAGGAUCGGCAGAGAAUGACCAAACUGAUGGAACUAGCAAAUCUUCAGCCCAAAAGACCAAAGAUGACAAAGCAGCGCCAUGUGAGGAAAAAGCAAAAAAUAAAAGAUAUGUUAAAUAUAGCUUCAUCUGCUUCCCACAGCAGUUUACAUCCUGUGCUGUUACCGUCAGAUGUAUUUGACCAAACACAACCUGUAGGCAAUAAAAGAAUUGAAUUCCAUAUAUCUGCUGACAUGCCAAAUGUAUUUAAUAAAGAUUUACCGAAAGAACAACAUUAUGAGGAAAAAAUUUGUGAUUUGUCUGCUGUUGAAGUUGAAGCAUCCAGUAUAGGAUUUGGAAAAAUCUUCCCCAAACCUAAUUUGAACAUCACAGAAGAGGUUAAAGAAGACUCUGAUGAAAUGCCCUCAGAAUGUAUUUCUAGAAGGGAGUUGGAAAAAGGCAGAAUUUCUAGGGAAGAAAUGGAGACACUUUCAGUUUUCAGAAGUUAUGAACCUGGUGAACCCAACUGUAGAAUUUAUGUAAAGAAUUUAGCCAAGCAUGUUCAAGAAAAAGACCUUAAAUUCAUUUUUGGACGAUAUGUUGACUUCUCAUCAGAAACACAACGGAUCAUGUUUGAUAUACGCCUGAUGAAAGAAGGUCGCAUGAAAGGACAAGCUUUCAUAGGACUUCCCAACGAAAAAGCAGCAGCCAAAGCCUUGAAGGAAGCUAAUGGAUAUGUCCUUUUUGGAAAACCCAUGGUGGUUCAAUUUGCUCGAUCUGCCAGGCCAAAGCAAGAUUCUAAAGAAGGAAAAAGAAAGUGUUAAAACCUAGCAAAGAAGUAUUCCUGCGUACAUACUGCUGUAAUACUGUCAUGCAAAAUGUAUCCUUUCUUGUUGUAUCCUUUUUGGGGCAGUGUUUUUGUUUUGUUUUGUUUCCUAGAAAUGUUUUGUCCCUAUUCUGUCCGUUGGUCUAGGACAAAAAAUAAUUUUUAUACUUUAUGCAAAUGAAAUGUUUCUAAAACUGUAGCUUGAAAGAAACUUACGGUUUUUUUUUAGAUUUGUUGUUGAAUUUUCUUUGCUGUCAUUUAGGUUACAGUUUUCUAGGGAAAGUUAGUGAAUCAGGUCAACCUACUCAGAGAAUGUACGCAUUUGCUUUUGCACAGAGUGUAGUCUUGCAUUUCUACUGAUGUGUUUGUUAACCUAAUUCAGUAACUUACGGUUUCUACCUUAAGGUACAUCUGAUUUACACAUUCCGUAUGACAUGAUUGGGAAAACAAGUUACUUUCUUUAAAAAAGCACUUGUACUGAAAAUUAAAAUAAUUUUAUAUAUAAAUCCCAAAUUAAGUAGAAGACCUCACAUUUGAAGUCUCACUGAAAUUUCCAUUAACAUAGAUAGCACAUAAAAUUUUUUACAGAAAUGAAAAAAAGGGUAAGAAAAGAGUAAUAAGGUAGAAGAUAACAGAUUGACUUAGAAAAGAGUAAUAAGGAAAAGAGUAAUAAGGUAGAAGAUAACAGAUAAAGAUUGACUUAGGAUAGCUCAAUGAUGCGAAAAGAAAUGAUCCUGGUAAUAAUAUAAGGGUAGUGAUUCCCAGGCUCAUUAACCCAAAUUACCCCUAACAGUUCUUCUCAGGCUUGGUGGCAUAUGGGAAUGACCUGGAAACUGAAAAAUAAUAAACAAAAAUUAAAAAUACAUUGUUAGGUUCCUUCCACAGAGAGUAGGUACUAUAUUGUAUUGGUUUGGAAUGUAGCUUGGGUUUUACAAUUUUUCAAACUUUUCAAAGUGAUUCUAAUGUGCAAAGUGGAGAACCACUGACAAAGUAUUUUUAUUUGUAAAGAUUCCUAGAUGAAUCCUAAGAGUAAUAAAUAGGAGUCUCUGAGAAUGAGUUCCAAGAAUCUAAUUUGAAAACAUUUCUGUAGUAAUUUAAGGACUACUAGUUUGGAUACUAUAUUGUUGAAGUAAAAUGGUUGGAAUAAUCAUUAUCACCUGUAACUAAAAAGAGCUUAUAGAUAUAGGAAUGGUACAGUUUUUGAUAAGCGCAAUUAAAAUGUUUUAUGCUUUCAUGUUACAAAUGAGUUCCCAUUUAAAACAUACAAUUUUAUGCUGACAUGAUUCACUAAUUUUCUAAAUAUAAUUUUUAGCUUCAGUUAUUUUCAAACUGAUAAACUUUUAUAAUAAUGACUAUUUUUAAUGAGCUUUUGUGGUAUUUUAGGUUCCUCUUGAAUUACGUGUCUUUCAAGUUCUUUCCAACUUUGAGAAGAAAUUCACUACAUGGACUAUGGAACUGUGCGUAACAGCUUUAAAAGUAUAUUCAAAAAUUAAAUCAAUAUCCAUUUAAAGCAAUUUAUUGGAGAUAUAUUACAACUUUUACAAUGAUAUGCCUCAUAUAUAAUAAAUUAUUUUCUUUCUGACAAAAUA